ACUGCUCUGGAUACAAAGCAGCCAGCCACGCUCAGGCUCCUUCCUCCCGCACCCCGCUGGCCUCCUCCUCCCUGUUUGCACGCUCCCUCCCUCUUUCACUCUCUUUCUUUCCCUUGACGCCACGCUGCAGAAAAGGAGACCUGGGGAACCGGAGGUCCACAGAGGCAGUGGAGGAGGAAGCAUCUCUCCAAUGCUGUUUCUUUGCGAGUGAAACGGCGAGGCAGAGAGGCGAUGAAGGAGUGUCUUGCUUGCUGCCUGGAUUAAGAAAGAAUACAUUUAAAAAAAAAAAAAAAAUCCGGACUUAACAAACGAGGAAAAAAGGGAGGAGAGAAGGAGGAGGAGGAGGAGGAGGUUGCUGCGGGGAGCCCACUCUGGUGGGUGAAGAGCCGCUUUGAAUCGUGCCUCUGUUCCCAGGGAUUAAAGCAUGAAUGGGAGCAGCUUCCCAGCCACGAUGGAGAGAGAAGGCGGCUCAGGCUGUGGGGAUAAGGUUUCCUUCCAAAUGAGUCCCUGAGGUUCCUGCUGGCAGCUCCAGCAGCAUCCUGUAGAAGUGCCCUCCUGCUCCUGGUCCCAGCAGCCGAGGCCCCUCCAAACCUGCUUCUGCAAUGGGUGGGUUGUAAGCACUGGUAAUGAGGAGCUGUGGGUCCAGUCAGUCUUGGAGAUGCCGAAGAGACGAGACAUCCUGGCUAUCGUGCUGAUAGUUCUGCCCUGGACACUACUAAUCACCGUCUGGCACCAGAGCACCAUUGCUCCACUGCUUGCAGUGCACAAGGAUGAUGGUGGUGACUCCCGGCGUGAUCUCGCUGCAGGCUUGGACUCCAAGGAAUACUGCCUGUCGGACCGGGACAUUGUGGAGGUGGUGAGGACAGAAUAUGUUUAUACCCGCCCACCCCCGUGGUCAGACACCCUUCCCACCAUCCACGUCGUUACACCCACCUACAGCCGGCCCGUACAGAAGGCAGAGCUGACACGCCUGGCCAACACCCUCCUGCAUGUGCCGAACCUGCACUGGAUCCUGGUGGAGGACUCCCAGCGGCGCACGCCUCUCAUCACCCGCCUGCUGCGGGACACCGGGCUUAACUACACCCACCUCAACGUGGAGACACCCCGCAACUACAAGCUGCGGGGAGACAUGAGGGAUCCCCGCAUUCCCCGGGGGACCAUGCAGAGGAACCUUGCCUUGAGAUGGCUGAGAGAGACCUUUAACAAAAAUAACAGCCAGCCUGGGAUUGUUUACUUUGCCGAUGAUGAUAACACCUACAGCCUGGAGCUCUUUGAGGAGAUGCGCAGCACCAGAAAGGUGUCGGUGUGGCCAGUGGCCUUCGUCGGUGGCUUGCGCUACGAGUCACCCAAAGUGAACGCUGCCGGGAAGGUCUACGGCUGGAAAACUGUGUUCGACCCCCAUCGCCCCUUUGCUAUAGACAUGGCGGGGUUUGCUGUGAACCUCAGACUGAUUCUCCAGCGAUCUCAGGCUUACUUCAAACUGCGAGGAGUGAAGGGAGGCUACCAAGAGAGCAGCCUGCUCCGGGAACUAGUGACCUUGAAUGACCUUGAGCCGAAAGCUGCCAAUUGCACUAAGAUUUUAGUCUGGCACACAAGGACAGAAAAGCCUGUGCUGGUGAACGAGGGGAAGAAAGGAUUCACAGAUCCAAACGUGGAAAUCUGACUGUGCAUGGCUGAACAGAGACCAACACCAGAAGAUUUCUUCACGCACAGCCUGCAAGGUUCCUCUCUGCAGCAUACAACCAGCCAGACGUGCAGUAGCCAGGACCUCUGCUGACUUCCAAGAGUUUUAGCCGUACUGAAAACAAGCAACACUGCAUAUAAACUACCCGGAUUCCCCUGCCCUUCCUCCCGGACUCUGAGCAGAACCAGACACUCUGGAGGUGGAGAAAAAAAGCACAGAAAAUACAGGACUGACGUCAGCUUCUGUACGAGACCAGCUGCCUCCUGAGAUGCUCAGUUUGGGAGAAGUGCAUGCAGGGCACGAUGCACUGAGGACUCGGCCCAGCUGGCACGGUAGUCUAGACUGAGGGGCUCUUUACAGGACCCGAAAGCAAGGGUGAGAAUGCCCACGGGAGCGUGUUGGCCCCCAGUGACUUGUUUUUCCCGAGACACACGUACCUUGUGGCUAUGUGUGCAACAGCCUAAGCAGCUCUCUGGCCAUGGAGGGGACAGCUGCCUUCUGAGAUGGCACCUUAGCCCUUAAUUUUAAACCUACUUUAAUCAGUGUUUAUUACGCUGCACAAGACAGGAAGGUUUUGGGGAAGGGUGAAAAGCAAGGCAGGUUAGAACAAACCCAUGAAGUAUCCCUGUUCUCUUUGUAUUCCCUCUCCCUUUAUUAGUUUCAGGGGUUGGAGGGCACUCUGACCCAUCUCUGUGUUCAUGGAGUUGUGGAAUAGUUUGGGUUGGAAAGGACCUAGGAAGGCCAUCAUGUCCAACCCCCCUGCUCUGAGCAGGGACAUCUUCGACUUGCUCAGAGCCCCGUC